UAGUUGUGACAUUCCAAAAAAUAAUCUUGUUCAUCAAAACAUUUGCCAUAUAAAUAUUUAAUUAUUUGAUUGACUCGAAUCAUGCCAUGCUAAUUAGAAGAAAUAAUUUAUAAAUAUUAUGGAUGCUUGUUAACGAGACAUUAAACGUAAUUGGAUAAUAAAACAAACUACAACAAUAGCGGGGAAAAUAUGAGAAUAAUUAAUAUUCCGAUUUUAUUUAUACUCUAUGCCAUAGGCCAUGGCGAGGCUUUCAGUAAUCAGAAAACCUGGUCCAUUGAAAUGAAAUCGGUGGAGGUAACAACUUCCAAUCCGGAUCUAAUGGAUUUCAACGGUUUCAAAGUGAGUCGGGUGUCGCGUGGCCUCUAUGCCCUGUCAGGAAACAUUGUUUUGAAUUUUGAAAUCAUUGAAGGAGAUGCCAAUGAGAUGGAAAUAAACAUGUAUUACAGUUCCACUGGCAAGAACGACUAUCGUGCUCUACCCUUUCGCAUAUAUCGCCAACAUGUCAUUGAUAUUUUGAAUUCGGUCUACAAAGAGGGUGCCAUGGAGAAUUUCGCCUCCUGUUCAAAUCUACCACAAUUCGAGGAUAAAUUUGAACCACCCCUCGUAAAGGAUACCUAUUACAUGGACAAGUGUCAAUUUGAUGAAUCCGGCUUUCCAAAUCAUGCCCAGGAGGGUUUCUAUAAAAUUGAGGUAAUCGGUUAUGGGGAAGUUGAUUGGACAAUGAUACUGGUCUUUAAAUUGGACGCUGAUGUGUGAAAUUGUGAAAAAAAGUAAUACAAUAUAUGAGAAAUAAUAUCGAAUAUAUAUG